AUGAAGAAGGUGCACAAGCGGCUCUUCUUCCUGAGACGACUGAGGAAGUUUGGGAUGAGUCACAACAUCCUCAGAUUGUUCUACACGUGCACUGUGGAGAGCAUUCUGACUGGCUGCAUCACCGUCUGGUACAGGAACAGUAUUGCUUUCAACCGCAAAGCACUGCAGAGGGAGAUCGUUGCCUUGGUAGCAGCAGAGUUGGCCCAGCAGAGCAGUCUGGAGGUUGCGGCGCAGUCGGUGGUUGAGCGUGUCAAACGUCUGCAUCAUGACGCGUAUGUGAGCGGCAGACAGAGGGCGCCACACUGCACGCGACAUGAAGACAUGACACUGCUUGUUAGAGUCAUUAACUACCCAUUCGCCGACGGCUCGCUCACACCUACACAAGGUGGGCGUAUCUACCCGGUGUCUGUGCCGUACUCCAAUCACCAGAGCACUAGUAAAACCAGUGUGACUCUGUCUCUGGUGAUGCCGUCUCAGGGAACGCUCAAUAACGGCUCCAACACAGCAUCCACUUUAGAGGGAGACACGCCCACUGCUGGUCAGAGUCCGACUGCGACGCUGCUGUCGACUAACACACACACGCAGAGCUCCAGCUCCAGUGACGGCAAUCUGUUCCGGCAGAGAGGAAGUCAGGCCGCUCAGCCCGAUGAAACCGGACGCGUGCCGCCGUACGUGGACUUCACACAGUUCUACCGGCUCUGGGGAACGGACCACGGUGAUGGACAGGGCCUGCCUGCAGAACUCGGACCUCAGUGA